AUGACCAGAGUGCAGCUGGAACCUAAAUUUAUCCUCAUUGGAUCUCCAGACUCCCAAGCUGCUGGCGCUGUUGCCAAAGGUGGAGCUCUUAGAGAAAGACUGAAAACUGAGAUGGAAAAACUGAUGGUACUCAUCACGUGGUCUCUGACAACGACACACACCUCCAGAUACGUCACAUCUCUGGAGUGCAGCAAUGCUGCUCCAUUCAUUCAAAGAACCGAAGCACGUUCGAGAGGAAAGAUGCAGACAAAGAUGUUCUCCUUUGGUCUGUUUGCAGUUUCAGUAUUUCUAUGGCACGUUGUGUCUGGUGCAGACAGAGUCUCAGUGUCAGCGAUGGAGGGAGAUUCAGUCACUCUAUACACUAAUGUUGAAAUAAACCAACAAGAAAAGAUUUGCUGGUAUUUUAAAGACACUCGCAUCGCUCAAAUCAGUGGAGAUCUCAGUUACAUCUGUACAGAUGUUCAGUGUGAAGGCAGUGAUGAGAGAUUCAGAGACAGACUGAAGCUGGAUCAUCAGACUGGAUCUCUGACCAUCACAAACAUCACAAACACAGACUCUGGACUUUAUAAACUACUGAUACUACGCAGUAGCAGCGACAGUGAAACAAUCUUCAAUAUUGUCAUUGGUGUUUCUGCUGAUGAACGAGAUGAAGUGAAGGAGGGAGAAUCUGUCACUUUAGAUCCUGGUGUAAUAAAAACACCCAAAUGAUUUAAAGAUGUGGUAUUUUAAUGACAUUCUCAUCGCUGAAAUCACUGGAGAUCAGAGUAAGAUCUGUAGAGAUGAUCAGUGUGAUGAGAGAUUCAGAGGACAGA